AUGGUUUCCACUCCCCACGAAGCGUCCUCGGCGCCACCCGAACCGUCGGUGACCCCAACCAACGCUGAGACCCCUAUCAACGCGCUCGAUCCAAUUGCGGUCGAUAAUUUUAGCGAUGACACCAACAGUGUAUUCGAAGAUGACAUGUCCGAUCUCACCUCCCUGUCGUCAAGCGUACUUGAGUUUGAGUAUGAAAAUGGUCGGCGGUAUUGCAGUCCCCGCUCAGGAGGUUACAUGAUGCCGAAUGACGAGGAGGAGCAGGAUCGAAUGGAUCUGACACACCACAUAUGGCUGAUGCUACUAGGAGGAGAGCUCUACAAUGCUCCUAUCAAAUCAUCACCGCAGAACAUCCUUGACCUGGGAACCGGAACAGGCAUUUGGGCUAUGGACAUUGCCGAGAAAUUUCCUAGCGCUCAUGUCACUGGGACUGACAUCAGCCCCAUCCAGCCGACAUGGGUGGCCCCAAAUAUCGAUUUUAUCGUGGAGGAUUUUGAAAGUGAAUGGCAGUAUAGGCUAAACCACUUUGACUUUAUCCAUGCACGAUGCCUGGCAGGUUGCGUGGCCGAUUGGCCUGGAUUUAUCCGCCGAAUCUACGACCACGUCAAACCCGGCGGCUACUUUGAAUCGCACGAAAGUGCUGUGUGGGCUCGUAGUGACGAUGGCUCCCUAAAGCAAGGUUCCGCGCUCAUGGAAUGGCAGAAGGCCAUCAAUUUCGCCGGCGACAAGAGCGGCCGGGAGCUGAACAUCUACCAUAAACUUAAGGACUGGAUGCUUGCAGCUGGCUUUGAGGACGUCAGCUUGACGGUCUACACGCUGCCGUUCUCGCCCUGGCCACGCGAUCCCCAUCUGAAGGCCCUGGGGAAGUACCAGGCAGUGCAGUUACAGCAAGCCAUCGACUCAUAUUCACUGCGCUUGUACACGCAGGUUCUGGGCUGGGGCUCGGAUGUGGCCAAGAUCCAUAAUGCUAUGGUCAAGAGGGAGCUGCGGGAUAAGAGGUUGCAUGCCUAUGUUCAAACGUAUAGUCCAACCUACCCCUCUUCGAUGGCCUUAGUACUUAUACUAACUAAGAGUAGAGUCGCUGUGUAUGGGAGAAAGCCUCUUCAUUUCUAA